AUGGACACCCUGAAGUUCGAAGAGUUGGAAGUUGAUGUCGAGAAACCCAGACUUGUUCUCGGAAAGGGACACUUCGCUGUUCAGGAAGUCAUCCUUCAUUUCCUUGCACCUUCUCAUUCGUGCGUGGAGGCCGAACGGCCCAACGGCCCGGACGUGAGAGACAUGUUCGCACGCUUAAGUCUCGAAGGCCUCUCUGCGAAGGCUUCCGAGAAUACAAAUGAAAAGAGAGUGCGUAAAGUCGAGGAUGUUCACGACAUGUUUGAGGAGAGUCGGAUCGGUGCUUCCCGGCCUAUCCUGGUGGUGGGCAUGUCAUGUUCGUCGAGCAGCCUCGACUAUGACCACGAAUAA